AUGAGAAGUAAGUACUUUUCGAAACGGAACAAAAAAAAAUAUAUAAGGCAUAAAAUCAACGAGCACAGUGAUGUUACUUAUAAUAUCCCCAUUUCAACAAGUCUAUACAACACAACUAUUUUACAUGAAAAUUUUUCGGCCAGGGAAGGGAAGGGAUCUCACAUGCAGGGUGGAGUGCGUCAUGUGAAAGAUCCAAUCUGUGUGAUAAGCUCUAACCAUGUGAUAAGCUCUAGCCAUGUGAAAAGCCAAACCGGUGUGACCAGCCCUAAUCAUGUGAAACAGGCAGGACAGACGAAACAAACGAAGAAUCCUCCCCAAAUUUGUGACAUAACCCAUUUAGAAACAGAAACAAAGAAAAUGAUGAUCCACACCUCUCGUUAUAGAAAUCCAAGUGAAGGGGAAAGAGAACUAUCUGCCAAUGCAUCAUAUGUGCCAUUAAGCAUGAACUAUGAAGAAAAUCUUCCUAAAACAAACGAUCAACUGGAAAGAGCGGAAUGCAUACAAUGUGGAAAUAGAGAAAAGGGAGGAAAAUAUGGAAAUUUAUAUUGCAAAAAAGACAAUUCUCUAAAUCAUAAAUUUCGUAAGAUAAUUUCAAUAAAUAAUACAUUUAACAAUAUAAUGGAAAAACUUAAGUUAAAGAAUAAAAAACUAGCACAAUAUGUCAAAUGCAAUAAAUGCAAUAACAGUUCAACAAUUUUAAAGGAGGGGAAAUAUGGCUACUUCUUUAUCUGCACCAAAUGUUAUGAGAAAAUUUCCAAAAAAAGUGUGGAUAACUUCAUCUUUAAUGAGAGAGAAAAAUCAUUUUACAAGAAUAAAAGAAAAAUCUGCUUUGAAAUGGAAAAUCCUCGCUCCUACCGUAUUCACCAUUUUGGGAACCUCACCUUCGCCAAUGAGUUCAACACAAUGUUAAGCGAAAUGAUAAAAGAAAUAAUCACUGAUUUGAAAAAAAUAAAAAAGAAAAGAAUAAAAUACAGAAAAAUUAUAAAGUACAUAUACAAGAUAAAUACGUGUAUAGACACUCCAUUCUGUCUCAAUUCGAAUUCUCCUCACAGCAAUGGUCGUUCCCAUUACUGUGCUACACUCGGUUCCCACUUCAGUUGCAAUUUUUCACUUAACCGAAUCUAUCAUUACUUUUAUUCCCACUUCACGAAAAAUAACCACAUCAGAGUAAAGGGAAAAAUGGAAAAAGGAGAAUUUCUCUUCUUGUACAACUCAAAAUUUAUAAAUUUUAUAGAAAAAAAAAAAAAAAAAUUCAGGAAUGAAAUUAAUAAAUACACCUGGACAUACAUAAAAGAAAAAGACUUUUUUGAUGAAAUGAAAUAUUUACCAUUGACAUGGAAACCCAGAAAAGAUUAUAUACAAAGUGGGAUUUUCCCAUUCAAUCUGUCAAAAGAUAUAAAGAAAAAAAUGUCUUUCAGAAGACUCAGUGUAAAUAGUAACAAUUACCUCUGCGGAUGUGUAUUCGAAAUUGCUUCUUACCCCUUAAUGCUGCGUUAUUUCGUUUACAAAUUAUUUAACAAAUGUUUUAUUCAUGAAAUUCCAAAGUGUGUAUUUCUUUUCUUUAGACAUUUAUACAUGCCCACACUUAACAAAACAAAUGCGUAUAAAUUCUUCCUAAAAUGUAAAUUUUCAAACGUUAUUCAACAUGUGUACUCCACAUAUGAACCAUCACUUGAUGAGAUAAAUCAACGUGAGAAACUACUUUACGAGAACACCUCAUAUCAUAUAGUUUCUAAAACUGAAAAGGAAAAGAAACAUCCUCCAAAUCUACUGCAUACAAAACCCCUUUCAGAAGAAGAACUCAUAGUCCAUUCAUACAACCUUGAAGAGCUAACAAAAUGUUCAUACCUUUUCAAUAGGAGAAGACUAAGAACAGAGAUCUUGAAACAUCACUAUAUGAAGAAAAAACGUAAAAUUAAAAAAAAAAUUCAUCAAGAAAUUAAAAAUAUCUGCUUAGAAGAAAUAAAAAAGAAACUCCCCAGAAGAAUUCAGAAAAUUAUUUUACCCUACCAGUUAAAAUCUAUUUACUUUUUUAAAAAGCAUAAUGGAAGAAUAUUAAUUGCUGACGAAAUGGGACUAGGAAAAACUUUACAAUCUAUUUCUAUUUUUUAUUUCUAUCGCCUUUAUCCUACUCUCAUUGUAACCCCCUCUUCUCUUAAGCUUAAUUGGUUUACAGAGAUAGAGAAGUUUCUUCCUUCUUUUGAUCCAUCUAUGGUUUUGAUCAUUUGUAGUUCAAACGACAUCCCAGAGGAUCUACGCCUCUAUAGAGUAAUCAUCGUCUCCUUUGACAUUUACAAAAAACUAUGGCAUACACUGAAAGAAAUAAAAUUCAAACUGAUAAUUGUAGACGAGAGCCAUUUCAUCAGAACCGUGCACUAUGGAAAACAAAGCCAACUAACAAAAUUGUUGAAACACAAAAUUAAAUACACAAAAAAUGCUAUUUUUUUGAGUGGUACCCCAUCAAUAAACAGACCUAUAAACAUAUAUCAUCAAAUUAAAUAUUUAAUAAAUGACAAAAGACUAUUUUGUGAAAAUAAAUAUAUCUUUGGUGAAGAAUUUUGUAAAAAAUAUUUUUACAGAGGACAAAAAAUAUUCGAAGAAAAUUUACGAUCAUGGGAAUUUCAUCUCUUUUUAAAAAAAAUUGUAAUGAUAAGAAGAACAAUAUCAGGUAUAUUCACAUCUAACUUUCCUGACAUGAGAAGAUUUUUCGUUUAUUUACCAAAUGAGUCGCAUAGAAUUACCACAAAUAAUGCUUCCAGGUUAUCCCACAGAGAAGAUGUUCCAAGUAUCGAAGAAAAAUGUACUCCCAAUAUCAUACAGGAUGCAAAAGGAAUGAAAAAAUCAGAAUAUGAAAAGUGCAAAACUUUGAACAGACAAAUACUGAGUGAAUUUUUUCAUGUGGACAUAAAGUCGAGAAAGCAAGAAGAGGGAAUAUCCAAAAUUGUACUUUCCAUGAAAUAUAUUGAAGAAAAUUUCCCUGAAAAAAAAAAAAUCAUUUUUUGCUAUCAUCUAAUUGUUUGUAAAUGUAUCGAAGAGGAAUUGUUAAAAAUAAUAAAAAAGAAAAAAGAAGAGGAACAUGUAAUUAUAGAUUAUGUUGUAUUAAAAGGGAGCUUAAAUGAAAAAGAAAAACAUGAAAAAAUACAAUUUUUUAAAAUGAACACAAAUUGUCACUAUGGAAUUUUUACAAUAUGUGCAGUUAGCCAUGGAUUAGAUUUCACAUUUUGCAACUUAUGCUUUUUUUUAGAAUUCCCAGUCAAUUUUUUUCAUCUUCAACAAUGUGAAAGUAGAUUAUUUAGAAAAAAUCAAAAAUUUAACACAUAUGUUUUUUAUUUUCUUUUGAAAAAUGGUUUAGGUAGCGAUUCCAAAACGUGGAAGAGAUUCACUCAAUGUUCACAUAGUACUAGAUCGAUUAUUGAUGGAACUGAAUUUUCUGCCAAAGAUCUCUUUUGUGAAAAAAUUUCAAAAGAUCAACUUGCACUCAUCAAUGGAGAUGGUACUAGUACCAAUUUUCACAGUGAAGAUGCAUCUCACAAGCAUGACAUCAUCAUUCCCAACAACUAUGCUGAUCAUGCAUGCAUAAAGAAUAACAAUUGUAAAAAUCCAAGUUGUAAAUUAAGCAUCAUUCCAUUGCUUAGUGAAAGACGAUCCCCUUCCAGGAAAUGUAGAAUUCCAAAUGAAGAAACCAAGGAACCAUUAGAAUGUCAAAUCGAAGAGAGGAAUAAAAAAAAAAAAAAAAAUUACCUUUUCGAAAUAAAUACACUUACAAACAGAAUACAUGCAUACAAUGAAGAAGAAAAUAAGAAAACCAACUUUUCCAUCGAACAUUUGACAAAUGUAGGUGAUGAAAUGUGUAGAAAUGUUUUAAAAAGGUGCGCAACCAAAUUUUUACAAAAUUAUAAUAAUCUAACCAUGAACGAAAAGAAAUUAAUAGAAAAGAAAAAAUGUGAUAUGAGUAUAACAACAAAUAACUAUAUAUGCCAUGAACGAAAUGUAACAAAACCACUAACAUUUGAAAGGUAUAUAAAAAACACUGUUACAAAGGAUAAGACCUACGCAAAGGCUUAUCUUGAAAACAGCUUCAAGGGAAAAUUUCAAGUUUUCUAUUAUCAAGAAUAUGACCAAGGGAACGAUGCAUUCAAAUGUUUAUAUUGCCAAAAUAUAUUAAAACGGUGCACAAAUAUGAUAGUAGGAGAGUCAAAUGUAAUGAAAUAUUUACAUCAAAAUUCUAACGCAGAAACUAUUGAAAAAUUUAGAAAUGAAUUUGACACAAUUAAAUCACAAAAUAAUAAUGUCAAGAAUAUUCUCAUAUGUGAUGAAAGCAAUCUAUUCUGUCAAGGUAGUUGUAGAAAAAUGUAUUUCUUAAAAAAAAGUUCGACUAGUAUACGACGUUUAAUAUAUGAAAGAGAUAAAGGUGUUUGUAAUAUUUGCAAAUUGGAUUGCACAAAUUUAAUUAGACAAAUUAAAAGUCAAAAAUAUUUUCCAAUCAAUGAAAAAAUUGAUUAUUUCAUUAAAAAAUAUCCAUUAUUUAUUGAAAAUAUUAAUCAUCUAACACAUAUACUUCAGAAACCGAUGGACGGACGCAUUUGGCACGUGGAUCAUAUAUUACCUGUGUGCAAAGGAGGUGGGCAAGCUUCCUUUGAUAAUUUGCAGACAUUGUGUACAUUCUGCCAUAAGAAAAAAACAAAAGAUGAUAUGAAAAAAAAAAGAAAAAAAAAAGGAGUGCAUUCGAAAGAAACAUAUCCAGUAAAAAAAGAAGGGACUUUAUGA